AUGAAGGCCUUCACUACACACGGCUUCUGGCACCCGGGCACGGUCGAGGUCAUCAAUGAGGUCCUCACCAAACCAGAUUGCUGGAGUAGCCUGAGGGACAACCGCACCCAAAUAGCUCAUCAGACGGCGCUGUACCUGCUGGGGACGCAGUACUAUAAUGAGGAGGUGAUGAAGCCUAUGGUCGAUGAUGUGACGAGAAGUGUGGCGGCAUGCGGCUACUUCGGUGGUCAGGGCCGUUUCGUCUAUUAUGGUGCUAUCACAUUCGCAUUGGGCGAGCUCGGAUAUCGUCAUGAUGGUUUCGUCAAUGCUGUCUAUGACGCGGUUCGGGACUGCUUUGCUCGUGGUCAGUGGGAUGGCUUUUUCAAUGGCGAUGGUCGCUUCGAGGAGCAACGUUUGCAAGGCAUCAUCCACACACUAUAUGGGCUCACUCUACUCGGAGAGCACACCCGCCCGGACUGGGACGUUGUCCUCAAUGGCUUCUUUGGAAUGGAGGGCCUCGAGAACUGGGUUUAUGAUCCGUCCACUUUCAAGUACCGACAAGUCGUCCUGAUCUCGCAAACUGCUGAUGAGGAAACGAUGGGGAAACUGUCCCCUCAGGCCAAGUCGACGAUUGAGGCCAUUCGGGCCAACUUCGGUAGCUUUGACAGGAACAGCGACCGAGAGGAGUCCCGAAG